AUGUCUCGUUUUGCCGAAAAAGUUGUUAUCGUUACUGGCUCAUCGAAUGGAAUCGGUCGAAUUGCCGCUCUAUUUUUCGCUCAAGAAGGAGCAAAAGUAACGGUGACUGGAAGAAAUGUCGAACGACUCGAAAUUACUAGAAAACUGAUUAGUGAUGCCGGCGUAUCGGCUGAUAACAUCAAUGUUGUUGCUGCUGAUGUGACGACGAGCGAGGGACAAGAUAAGAUUCUGAACACUACAUUGGCCAAAUUCGGAAAACUCGACAUUUUGAUCAAUAAUGCUGGGGCUGCAAUUGCAGAUCCUUCUGGAGCCGCUGGGUCCGAAAUGUCUCUUGAAACUUUGGACAAAAAUUUCAAUUCAAAUACGAGAAGCGUCGUUUCGCUCAUCCAGAAAUGCAAACCACAUUUGAUUGAAUCGAAAGGAGAAAUUGUUAAUAUCUCAAGCAUUGCAGCCACCGAUACAGCGGUAUCCAAAUUCCCAUAUUAUGCAAUGGCAAAGGCUGCAUUAGAUCAAUAUACCCGCGCAAUUGCCGAAGAACUUAUCGUCCAUGGUGUUCGAGUGAAUUCGAUUCGCCCUGGAAUCGUUCGCACCGGAUUCGCUUCAGCUAUCGGGUUCCCUGAAACUGCAGCCACCAAAAUGUACAACUAUUUCGAGGGAAAACGGGAUUGUAUUCCAGCAGGAGUUUCUGGAAAACCGGAAGACAUCGCCCAUCUGAUUCUGUUCCUUGCUGAUCGCAAACAAUCCUCUUAUAUCAUCGGACAGACAAUUGUUGCUGAUGGCGGAUCUACGCUUGUCAUGGGAUUGCAUACUCACGACAUGUUAAAGGCUCUGACUGAAUAA